GCCAAGGUGUCUGGUGUGAACAAUUUUUUUGAAUAAAUUUUCAGUUAACCGUGAAUCUUCAGCCGAACAUGAUGUACAUGUGAAUGGACUGAACGAGAUAAACGUUGAUGUUGUUGUGCUUUUGAAAAAAUAUUUACGAAUAUUGAUAGGGACAUUUUCGUGGACAAAUAAAAUCUGUGGAAGGAUUGUUAACAGUCGGUACAUUCUGUGUAUAAUAAAAGUGAGAAUUACAGAGUGAAGGUUCCAUCCAGCAAGAUAUGGAAAAGAAAUUAAGAAACCAACAGUUCUAUUUAUAAAUCUUCAUCUCAUGGAUGGAUAAUACUAUAUAACACAGCAACAACAACAACAACGACAAUCCAUCACACAGGCACAGAGAAAAAUGCGCCAGAUUCACCAUUUAAUUAGUCUUAAUGCAUCUUUACCUGCAGAGUAUAUUUAGGUCAUCAUAAAGGAAGUUGAAUCCCCACAGCCAUAAUUUAACAAACCAUAACAACAAUAAGGUAAAUAAGAAGCGAAGUGGAAAAAAAAGUAUCUCGCCAAAGUAUACAUAAUAAAAGCCAAAUAGGCUCUCCACAACCAACACUGCCACUACUGAUGGUAAUGCACAAAAAGUGAAACAAUAUUCCGAAAACUUCAACGGAAAAAAUAUUUUUUUUUAUUUACAAAUAAAUGUAAUGUUGUUGUCGUCAUCGUCAUUGCCGUCGACAACACAGUGUGUCUGUAACACAGUGCCGAAAAGUAAGAGAAUAAACGAGAAAAAUAAAAAAGAAAUGGAAAAAUAAAAGCUUCCCAUUGUAUACAUGGCAUGGGGAUACGAUGCUGAUAAUGAUGGCUAGAGUGAUGAAAUACGCUACAACAAAUGGACUACAGGGUAAUAAUAAAGCGAAAACUCCUACAACCUCAGAAAAUCAUUUUAGACGAACCAUAUCCGUGCUGUAUAUUUUGUAUUGUGCGAAUUUCGUUAAUUGGACCAAUGGUAGUGUGAUAGCUGUUAAAGCAAUAAGUAAAUUAGCUCCCUUUAAUAAUGACACCCAAUUUAUGAAUGGACAUUUUCGGGAACAUUAUCAUGAUUUGUUAUAUUCAUUUGAUGGAGACGUAUCCAAACAAAGGGUAUUGUUUGAUGGCGGAAAUGGUGCUUCCAUUUUGCUGACGCCGACACAGCGAACGCAAACGAAAGUAUCAGCCGAAGUGUUUGCACAUUCUAAACACGUAAACAGACGUCGUCACAAUUUUAAUGCGCCAUCAAAUACUGUGAAAACAAUGGAAAUUAAAACGGUGACCUUACCCGUACCACUUCAAUACAAACUGUGCGGAUUGACAAGGAACAAACUUAAAAAUCUGAUCAAAUGGAAGAUAAGAAAAAAAAUCGUAAAAUGUGCGACGACACAAACACACAGAGUCAAAAGAAAUGCUAACGACCGUGCUACAUCAACCAAUAAUUCAACAUUAAUGACAACAAAUUACGAUACCGCAUCCAUAAUGACCACCCAAAAACCAAUCCGAUCGCAAUAUAAGUCGACCACAGCAUUUAACUCAAGAAAUGCUCCAGAUAUCAUCAGCACCAUCUCCACCACCACCACCACCACAACAACUACCGCCGCCACCAUAACAACCACCCAAUUUACACCCAAUGCCAUCACUACAAUCAAUUCAAUUACCCAAAUCGAGUCAUCUAACCGUUCCAUUAAACCCCAACAACAAUCUUUGCAUCGAUCUAGGGAGACAAAUGUCUUUGAAAUGGCCACCAAAUUGAAAUACAAUAAACUGGCUAAAAGUACGGCAAUACCUGACGCAAGUCGAAAAGGUAAAAUAUCAUUGUUGGGUUUAUUUGAAUUGAGCACCCGUGUCGGUCUGCGUACGGAGGGUCAAAGUGAAUUGGCCGCAGCACAAAUGGCCGUACGGCACAUCAACAGCAAGAACAUUUUGAAUGGUUACACAAUCGAACUGUUGACGAAUGACACAAAGUGUGAUCCUGGUGUAGGUGUGGACCGAUUUUUUCAUGCUUUGUACACUCAAUUAACAACACGAAUGGUAAUGUUGCUGGGUUCAGCCUGUUCUGAAGUAACCGAAAGUUUGGCUAAGGUAGUGCCAUACUGGAACAUUGUCCAGGUAUCAUUUGGGUCAACAUCUCCAGCACUCAGCGAUCGGCGUGAGUUUCCAUUGUUUUAUCGUACCGUUGCGCCCGACUCAUCCCACAAUCCAGCCCGCAUAGCGUUUAUUCGACGUUUUGGAUGGGACACAGUAACAACAUUUUCACAAAAUGAGGAAAUCCAUUCAUUGGCGGUCAAUGAUUUGGUGACAGAAUUGGAAUCGGCUAAUAUAUCAUGUGCAGCUACAAUCACAUUCGCUGAAACGGAUUUCAAAGAUCAAUUGAAAAUGUUAAGGGAUUUGGACACUCGCAUCAUAAUCGGUAGCUUUUCCCCACAUCUAGCACCGAAAAUCUUCUGUGAGGCAUUUAAAUUAGGAAUGUACGGCGCCGACUACGCAUGGAUUUUACACGAGACAAUCGGUCCACCGUGGUGGAAACAAUCGACUGCCGAUUGCAGCCAGUCGGAUAUGGCCGAUGCGGCGCAAAAUGUUUUAGUCGUUUCGAGUCACAACAGUAUAGUGGGUGCUGGAACCAGUUACAGUGGACUGUCGAAUAAAAUGUUCCGCAACGAAUUGGCGGCUUUUCACAGUCCACAUCCGAUGUCAAGAUAUGCACCACAAACGUACGAUGCAGUCUGGGCGAUCGCUUUAGCAAUGCGUGGAGCCGAACAACAUUGGCGUAAUAGCUCUUUAAGCUUAAAAUUGGAUGGAUUUGACUAUACCCGAUAUGACAUGACCUCUGAAUUCAUGAACCAAUUUCGAAACAUGAAAUUUUUGGGUGUAUCGGGUCCAGUGUCGUUCAGUGGUGCUGACCGCAUUGGCACAUCGAUUUUCUAUCAAAUACAGCACGGUCGUUUGCAGCCCGUGGCACUGUAUCAUCCGUCUGAAUCACUACUCGAUUUCAAUUGUCCCGAAUGUGUUCAAAUCAAAUGGAAAGGAGGUCAGGUGCCGAUUGCUAAACGCAUUUUCAAGCUUCGUGUUGCAACAAUAGCACCGUUCGCUUUCUACACAAUAACAUCAUUUGCAUCGGUGGGAAUAACGUUGUCGAUUGCAUUUUUGGCUUUUAAUCUGCAUUUCCGUAAAUUAAAAAGCAUUAAAUUGUCAAGUCCUAAAUUGAGCAACAUCACUGCGGUUGGAUGCAUAUUAGUUUAUGCAGCCGUUGUUUUACUGGGUUUGGAUUAUUCAACACUUCCCGCAAACGACAAAGCAUUUUCGGCUGUUUGUACGGCUCGUGUUUAUCUAUUAUCGUCUGGCUUUUCACUAGCAUUCGGUUCAAUGUUUGCUAAAACCUACCGUGUCCAUCGCAUAUUCACCCACAGCGGCGGUGGCGUAUGCAAGGACAAAAUGCUGCGAGACACCCAGCUGAUAUCGUUGGUGUGUGCGUUGUUAUUGUUGGACGGACUGGUGGUUACAUUGUGGGUCAUUGCCGACCCAAUGGAACGGCAUUUGAGCAAUUUAACAUUGGAAAUCAGUUCGAUCGACCGGAGUGUGGUGUAUCAGCCUCAGGUUGAGGUGUGCCGAUCGCAUCACACUCAAAGUUGGCUGGGAGCAUUAUACGCCUACAAGGGUUUACUAUUAAUUGUUGGCGUGUACAUGGCAUGGGAGACGAGAAAUGUAAAAAUUCCGGCUUUAAACGAUUCGCAAUACAUUGGUGUGUCGGUGUACAGCGUUGUCAUUACGAGUGCUAUAAUCGUAGUGCUGGCGAACUUUUUGGCCGAAAAGGUUACUCUGGCAUUCGUUACCAUUACAGCUUUAAUACUAGCCUCAACGACGGCAACAUUGUCGCUGUUGUUUUUACCGAAAAUCAAUGACAUCUGGGGAAAAGGUGUUAUAAAUGAUCCUGUCAUACACAGUAUGGGACUGAAGAUGGAGUGCAACACAAGACGAUUUGUCACCGAUGACCGACGUGAAUUACAGUAUCGUGUUGAGGUACAAAAUCGGGUGUAUAAGAAGGAGAUGGCCGCCCUGGAUGCUGAGAUAGUAAAAUUGCAAAAAAUGUUGGAAUCGAACUCAUCCACAUCGUCGUCCGAUUUGUCGAUGCUGCAGUCGAUUAAACACGAAAUUGCUAUCGUCAACGAAUGCAUCAGCGGUCAGAAAAAGUGUUCAGAUACACGAACACCGAGCAUUGGCGGUGGUUUACCGUUAUUGCUGCUGUCCGUGCUGCCGCCGGUUAUACCGCGUGCCAGUUGGCCAUCGUCUGAUCAUUGUGUGGUGAAUCCGAUGCGACAAUCGGUUACAUUCAGUUCGCAACCGCAGCUGGAUAAUGAGGGUCGACAGAGUGCUGGCAUUGCUCGGUUGCCAGCUAUCGAUUUAUUCAAUUUACGAUUGACCCAUCAACAGGCUACUGAAGCCAGAACUGGUAUCUUGGAUAGGAUCAAAGGAAUUUUCGUCUCGAAUCGCAAGGAUUCGACAAUUUCCUAUACAGAAGCAUCACAGGCUUUGAGAAGACACAUGACCCGACUCACCGGUAUCGUAUCAUACCAGGCAACAUCGUCGUGUAAUACGCUGGACACCGGCAAUAAAAUAUUAAACAAUCAAAUCGUAGCUAAGAGUGGGACAGCCAUUAACAUUAGCUAUCCCAGCAACGAAGAUGUGGCGUCAACAAUUCCACCAUUUAUCAUAAGCAAUAGUUUAGCCGAAUCAAUUGAUGGGAUCACCGUCGAUACCGAACCAGAAUCUCGAGUAUUUUUCCAACUGCCCAAAGAUCGUCGGUCGUCAAUUCUUCAUCAAAAUUCGCAACCGACGCUGCGAGAACGAGUGAAAGGCUCACCACGCUUUCCCCAUCGUAUCGCUCCGACGAGUAGUUUGAGUGCAUUGCAGGAACGAGCAUAUAAGGUGUCGACGUUAGAACUCAGUGAUACAAGCGGUUCGAAAUGCAAAUGGAAAUCGAUGGAAGAAUCAACAUUUUCAACGACAUUACCGAAUUCGUCGGCGUCCAUGGUGCCAGAUGGAAGUAACCAAAUUAAACCACCUGUUCAAUUCGAAUCGUCCAUUAAAAGUGAGAUACAAAUUUCAUCGAAUGAAGAUGAUGAUGAUGAUGAUUAUGAUGAUGAUAAUGGCGUUAGAGGAGACGAUGGUGAAUGCAAGGAAUUUGUUGAAAAUGUGGACCGUAAUUACGACAAAACUCAUCCCGAAGAAAUUGUUUCGGAUUUGUGAUUUUAAUCAAAUUGAAAUUAAUUAUUUCGCAGCAAAGUAAUUGACGAAAGAAGAAGAAAAAACGGAGAAGAAAGACAAAAAAAAAAUUGUAAAAAAAAAUUUCCCGUCUACUUAUUAGGCAAUCAAAUGGUUAACUUAGUACAUUAGUAAGAGAAAUUCGGUGUAACGGAGAAAUGGAACAUUUUUCGAAAUAAUCAAAUUGUGUGUGUUAGAAGUGUAGAGACAACCCCCACCACCAAAAUUUCCCACCACCAAAAUGAAAAGUAGUUGAGAAAAUUUAACGUUAAGAAAUUGAACACAAAAUUCAAUAUGAAAAUGUCUUAUGAAAUUGUCUUUUUGAUGAUUAAGUACUAGGUUACAAAUUAACUUACGUUCGAAAUUGCCAACUCCAAUCCAAAAUGUCUGAUUUGCCAGUGUAUGCCUGUCGAUAUUUUUAAAUUGAAAUCAAUUUAUCGUUUGCAUUUAGAGAACAUGCAAUGCAUUAUGCACUGCACAUGUGAGCAUGCAGGCAGAUUGUGUAUAAUAAUUUUACCUGAAACCGUGUAAUUAGACAUUCUACUGAAGUGGUAGAAGAUUUAUACAAUGUAAAUGAUUUAUGGAGCAGUGCAAGUGAAGCCAUAAAUGUUUGUUGUAAAUAUUUGCUGCUGAGGCUCCCACAAGCCCACUCUAUCAUUAUAUAGCUUCUUCUCUUUUCACCUCUGGGAAUCUGUUAAAUUCACUGUUGCAUACUCAUUCGAACAUUAUAUAAUGCUGUUUAUCGACAGAUGUCGGUGGUUCUACGACUUUCGUUUUUGAGCUGUAUGAGGUUCUCAUAACCUAUUUUUAGAAUUAAAUUCUUAAAAAUUCUUAAAAUGAAAUAAAUUUUUGAAUUUUUUAAGAAUUUUAUGGAAUUUUUCAGAAUAUAAUUCCAAAAGUAGGCUGUGCUAGGAAGGCCCUAUAGUUACUUGUUUACCGAGGGGAGAAAAUCUGAAAUUCCAACAAGAGCAAUGUUUUAAUUUCCUAUUUCUCCCAGAGGUGAACACAACGUUUUUUAUGCUAGCGAUGCGAAGAUCCUUUUUUUGUCCACUUAUGAAAAUGGUAUUUUCUGAAAGGCGCCUUUUCAGGUGAAAAAAUAAUCUAAAAUGCAGAUUUUCGCAAAAAAAAAGCAUGAGAAACGUUGUGUUCACCUCGGGGAGAAAUAGGAAAUUCUACUUUGAUCGAAUAGCAGCCCUCUCUUCGCUCUGGUCUCAAACUUUCGCUCUUGGCGAAAUUUCCUAUUUUCUACCCUUGGUUAAGAGCGCUCACCCCUUGGCAA